UGCCGCAUGAUGGCGCUAAACUCCUUACGAUUGGCAGCCAUUACUACGUACAACAUCAAUGACAAUCUUCAAUUUCAACCAAGACAAUCCAGAUGAAAGAACACCUUUCAAGAUGUCUGGACAAUUUGGUAUGACGCAAGAGAUAAGGAAACCCGGUGCAACAGACUUAACAUCACAAGAAUUUUCGUUAUUAGGGAGUAGAACGAAAGAGAAGACGAGUAAGAUGGGUCCUUACAAGGAAGGAGGAGACAAUGACUUCGGUGAUGCCAUGUUCUUCAACCCUGCAUCCAUGUUCCCUCCUCACAGACCAGAAAAAGAUUUAAUGACGUCGCAAUCCCAGUCUCUCUCACAGUUCUCAGGAAGUUUUUAUGGCAGUCAGCAAGAUGAAUUUGAUUCCUUGACAGGAUUAGGCAUCCAGAAUGCGUUACCGCCGAGAGGGAUGUCCAGUCAGCAGCAGCAGCAGCAGCAAGCCUUCCCUCCUCCCCGGAGUUCAGGCAUGUCAAGCCACUCCAGUCUUGGUCUCCCUACAUCAUCAUCGGGCAUGCCCAUGCCUUCCAUGCCACCUCCUAACCCGGCAUCACCAAACAGGGGGCUGCUUAACAUGGGUCACAACAGGACCUCACCCAGUAUUCUAGCUAUGCAGCAGAAACAUUCGUCAGCACAGCAACAACAACAACAACAGCAGCAACAACAACAGCAACAGCAGCAACAACAACAGCAGCAGUCGAGGGUAAUAGGAAGCGGAGUAACGCCGACCAACUCAAGCGGUAUUGGCGCGUUCAAUCGACCCCCAAGCUUUGGUGGAGGACAGAGCGCGUUAUUAGGCAACUUUGGCGGUUACGGAAAUGCAAAUGACACCUCAAUCCUUGACAGCACGGACUUUCCAGUUUUGGCGGGCACAAGAGGGCGACAAACGGGAGAAUCGUCAUCAGGGAAUGUCAGUUUGUUUCAGCCAAAUCCAAUGGCAGGCAGGCCUGCUUAUGCAGUUGGUAUGGUAAGCAAACAAGCGGAGCCGACCCCGGAGUUCCAGAUGCAGAGCGAGGACUUCCCAGCGCUACCAGGAGCAAACAUCAAGAGUGAACAAAAAGACAAUGCAAGGUUUCCUGGGGACAAGGCAAACAACAACACGGAAGAGAAUGGCAACGGGAAUGAGGUCAAAGGCAUCCAAAUACACGCAGAUGGUAAAGUGAUGAACAUCCCACCAGGAAUGUUAACGGAUCCAUUUGGUAUGGUAGGACUUCUAACCUUCAUCAGAGCAGCAGAGACGGACCCUAAUCUCGUCCAGUUAGCCCUCGGGAGCGACCUGACAACGUUGGGACUCAAUCUCAAUUCACCAGAAAACCUGUACAGUACGUUCCAGUCGCCGAGUUCGGAUGCACCAAGCAGACCUCAAGACAUUGACUAUCACGUACCCCAGGAGUAUCUCACCAAUCUCCACAUACGAGAUAAGCUUGCACCUAUCAAGUUAUCAAGAUACGGAGAAGAUCUGCUCUUUUACUUGUACUACACGCAUGGUGGAGAUGUGUUACAGUUAGCAGCUGCUGCAGAAUUGUACAAUCGUGAUUGGAGGUACCACAAAGACGAGCGAGUCUGGAUCACCCGAGGACCCGGCAUGGAGCCCCAGGUCAAGACGAGUACGUUCGAGAGGGGCGUCUACUACUACUUUGACUAUAACCGCUGGUGCAAGAUGGCCAAGGACUUCCAUCUCGACUAUGACAAGCUUGAAGAGCGCCCCCAUUUGCCAGCAUCCUUUCAUCACAACACCUCGACAAAUCCCGCAUUCCAGAAAUAGUUCUCUCAGUAUUUCCUUUUCUACAUUUUCUUUUCUCCCCUUCCUCUCUCUUGCCUCUCUCUCUAUCUCUUCCCGAACCUUUUUAAGUUUUGUUUUGUUUUUCAUUGUUUUAAUGAGCCCUGUUGUAAGGGUGUUAGAGUAAAAAAAAGAAAUAGGGUUGGGAAUGGUCGUGAUAGAGAAAAGUUUCAGGUAGAGGCGGUUUGUGUUGACAAUCUUGGAACACUGUGAUUUAAUAUCAAGGGGAUUACCAAAUCUAAUGCUGAAGUUAGACUCCAUUAAUCUGUGAUAUAGAGAGUGGGAUUAGGAAAGACACAACCUAUCUUGACACAGGAGAAUAGUUGAAUACACAAAAGUCACAAUGCUUGGGAUGAUAAUGUUGAGUUCUGGUCAUGGGAUUGCAUUGUGAAAGAAACUGUUUAGAAAUGGCUGAAGAUUCGGACUGGUUGUUUGUGAAUUGAGGGGGGGGGAUGAAAUUGUGUAUCAUGAGGUUUAGAAUCACCAACAAGUUUAGAUAAAGAACCAAAUCUUACUGGAUUUUUUUUUUUUUUUAAAUAACUGGACACUGACAUGAGCAUGUGGGACUGCACAUUAAUUUUGCAUUGGAUGUCAUGUCCGAAAUUAUAAACUGUUUCUAGCCAUAUUGGAAAUAUGAGAGCAUUUUAAGCAAAGUCCUUUUUUCAUGGGGAAACUGCUACCAUCUUUUCCAUAUGAGGAUAGAAAGAGUCGUACAAAGUUCAAUUUUUCACCUUACCCAGAAUUCAACAUUCUCUUUCAGCAGAUAUUGUAUAACUGGUAUGUGAGAAAGGAUUGGGGUAGAUUUAUUCACUUUGAUGAUUUUAAGAGCUUGCUGCAUAUUUGUAAACAGUAUUUCGUACAUGAUUCCGUUUUUUGAUUCAGCUGUCGGGUUGUACAGGAUCUAAAUCCAGGUUUUCUUCCUCAGUCUUCAGGUUGGCGUUUCUCAAUCAUCACUUCUUUAUUUCUUGUCAUGGCCUUCUCAUUCUUCACUUACAUUUUGAGGUAUUGUGGUUGAGGGGUUUGACACAGGAGAUACGAAGGACAUGGGUCCAAGCCUCAGUAUAGGACUUCACACUAAACGUCUGAAGUUAUGUUCAUAGGGUCUUUAUCAAUAGGCCUCUGCUGUAAAUUUUGAAGUUGUGGGGGUCUUAAAGGGAUCUAAUAACUUUGUCUCAGAUUCUGAAACAAUAUCCUUGAUUUAGCUCAUGCUGCAAUGAUAAUUAUAAACCUAUAGGUCAGUCAGGAACCCCAUGACUUUUAGAAGCCGAUCGCCUGUCUGAUUAUCAAGAUAUUUGUGAUUGGAAAUCGAACCCAAAUUUUGGGUUAGCCUAACAGUUUUCAUAACACUACAGUUUAUUAAAGAAAACGAGUAUGGUAAACCAGUCAUUCAAAGAUUUUUACGUUUUUGAGGCACUUCUUGAUCAUUUUGAAGCGCAAAUUUUGUAUUACACCAUAUCACAAACACUGAUAACACGUAGGGCCAUGUAUCUCAGAUUUAACAUUGUUAAACCAUGCCUUUGAGUUAACAUUUAGGUGCCCAUGUGAGUCAGACCACAGUAAGUGCUAAGCCCUGCGUAUACAUCUAUGAUAUUCUUAAGCAAGGUAUUUUAUCAACAUUUCUUCUCUCCACCCAUGUGUAUCGACAGGUACAACUUUGGAUACUCAGGCCAUAGUGGCUUAAGUGAGUGGGUAGUAUGGUUACCAGAUGGUAUGCUCUCCAUGGAGCAAAAAGUCAUUGUUGCUGAAUCUGAGACUAGUGUUAAAUGCUACAAAGCGUCAUGAUCAUAUUUACUUGAGAUCUGGUAAACAUGGAAAAUAAAUUCUCACAGAAUCCAAC